AUGACCGUCGCUGCAAAGGAAGAGGACCAUUCUGGGCCCGAAGCCCUAGAGCCCGCGAAUGAGUCUUCUACGAAGUCUCCCUGGACUGUCGAAGGCGCUAUCGCGAAGAUUCCCGGAGGCCUCCCACCGCAGCCUGACCCCUCCUCUCCCAUACCGUUUUUCCACAUGCUCGAGCAUCUAAAGACUACUAAACGGGAAGGAUGGCGCCGAUUUGGCAUCAAAACAGGCGAAUCCAUCUCCGACCAUAUGUACCGUAUGGCUAUGAUCACCAUGUUUGCCCCUCCUUCCCUCUCCGCCCGACUCAAUAUCCCGAGAUGUACGCAGAUGGCCCUCAUACAUGACAUGGCAGAGGCCUUGGUUGGAGAUAUCACGCCUGUCGAUGGUGUCCCGAAAGACGAGAAAAACCGUCGCGAGAGCACAACCAUGGACUAUUUCACCAAGACUCUGUUAGGCCGCGUCAAUGGCGGCCUGACGGGAGAGGAGAUCCGCGCAAUUUGGCAAGAAUAUGAGGACUCCAAAACACUAGAGAGUAGGUUCGUUCACGACGUCGACAAAAUCGAGUUGGUUUUACAGAUGGUGGAGUAUGAGCGAGUCCAUGAGCACAAGUUGGACCUGGGCGAGUUCUCAUGGGUUGCGUCGCGUAUUGAACUUCCGGAAGUCAAGCAAUGGGCCGAUGAUGUAUUGAGGGAGCGAGAGGGAUUCUGGGGUGGUAGACAGCAUGGUGUCUACAAUGCGAAGCAACUGCCAGAGGAGACGUUACUGAAGCAGACGUUGGAAUACUAUAGCAAACCCGACACUCCAGAAUCGAAGUGA